AUGGCCAACGACGAUUUGAUCCACAAGCUUACCUGGUCACCGGCCGCACUGUCCAAAGAACCGUUAAGCAUUGCACAUGUGGUGUUUGUGGUCGCGGACAAGGAGAGCGAAAGCUUAUCUGUGUACCAGAGGCAGCUUGUCAACGAGGGUAUCACCACUUUCGUUACCGAUGAUGCAAUGAAGAUUGACCCCUUGAUAACCCCGGGGACGAUUGUCGUCUAUAUCCCACCCACGGCUAAGAGUAAGAAUGAGAUAUACGCGGCCGCGAGUCAGGCGUGCACCGGCUUGAUAAGCGUUGCACAACAGCUCAAUCACCGCAUCAUUUCCGCUAAGAGCGAGACAGUUAAGCUUUUCUCCAUCGUUCCAUUGGACCGGGGCAUAGGCGACCUCGUGUACGCUCCACUGCAGGGCUUGUCGCGGGUGUUGAAGACUGAAAUCCCAGAGAUUUUUGGCGGCCUGUUCGAGGACGACCGCGGGGUUUUCCCGUUGUCCGCAGUGAAGUACGCACAGGGCUUCGAUGUGGUCAGAGUCUGCGAAGGCGAAGCACGGGUCGCUUAUCUUCAACCCUUUACGGAUGAUGAGCCUAGUGAUAAGAAGGGACUUCAGCUACAUGCAAACAGCUCCUACCUGAUCACAGGAGGCACCGGAGGUAUAGGACUGGCAACAGCAACUUGGCUGGCGCAGCGAGGCGCUCGGAACAUAGUACUUGUGUCCCGCCGUGGCCUUCCACCAAGCACUGACAGCAAGCCAGUUGAGGCAAAUAGCGCGGACCCAAUCUCGCGUAUUGCCAAGCUCAAGGCUGUGGGCAUUUUGGUACAUGUGCUGGCUGUUGAUAUCAGCAAGCCCAACGCUGAUGUGACACUAAGCCAAGCCAUUAACGACUUGGGUAUUCCACCGAUAAAGGGAGUCAUUCACGCAGCCGGUACCGCGGGUUACCAUACGCUGACACGAUGCACUCCUACUGAUAUUGCGGACAACUUAGCGCCGAAAGUGAUCGGCAGCUUGAAUCUAGACUCACUCUUCCCACCCAGGACUCUGGACUUCUUCGUAUUCACUUCUUCAGUUGGACAGCUUGUCGGAUUUCCAGGACAAUUGGCAUACGCGCCCUCCAAUGCCUUCCUGGACGCACUGGCAGCCCACCGAAGGCGCCAGGGUGAUAACAGCAUGGCUAUCUUAUGGACUGGCUGGCAGGGAACAGGCGUCUGGGAUCAGAACAAGGCAGCAAUGCGAAGGCUCAACAAGGCCUCAAUUUCGAGGGGAAUUGCAGACAUCAGUCCGGACGAGGCAUUUGCGGCGUGGGACCACAUAGCCAGCCUUAAGAGUGACCACGCAGUGGUGGUGCGCGUUUUGGAACUCGAGGCUGAUGAGCCCGUACGACAUCCUAUGCUCAAAUACAUCACUCCCCGCAAACAAGCAUAUCAAUCUACCACUAUGGAUUACAAGGAGUACCCCGAGCAUGCAAUCGCGGUGAUAGGCAUGGCUUGUCGUACAGCUGCUGGAAAUACGGAGAAUGAUCUCUGGCAGGCCAUCCUGGAGGGCAAGAGUAUAGUGCGCGAGGUAGACGAGAAGCGGUUCCCCGGUGUGGUUCGCGAUGGCAAGAUGUGGGGAAGCUUUAUGUCUGAUAUCGACACAUUCGAUCAUCAAUUCUUCCAGAGAUCCAAGCGGGAAGCCGCUGCUUCAGACCCGCACCAGCGAGUGCUCCUUGAAACUGCGUACCACGCACUAGAAUCGGCGGGUUACUUCGGACCGGGCCAGCAACAGGGAGAAACUCACGACCCAGAUAGCCACACAACUGGCUGCUUCAUCGGAAUGAGCGCUCCUGACCACAUCUUACAUUUGGCGAGCAACCCCCACUCACCUUACACAGGACUGGGCAUGAUGCGAUCAUUUGUGGCUGGCCGAUUGAGUCAUUACUUUGGUUGGACAGGACCCUCACAUACUAUUGAUACAGCUUGUUCAUCUGCUAUGGUUGCUAUUCACCAAGCCUGCCGUGCUAUUCAGGGUGGUGAGUGCACGCAGGCCGUCGCGGGUGGUGUCCAUCUACUUUUGAACAUGGAAAGCUCCGACGCACUGCGUGCCAGCGGGUUCACCAGCGAAACUGGGACCUGCAAAGCGUUCGACUCGCGGGCUGAUGGGUAUUGUCGUGGGGAGGGCGUUGGCGUUGUCAUAUUGAAGCCUUUGGCACGGGCCUUACAAGAUGGGGACAACAUCCAAGGUGUGCUACUAGCCACCGGUAACAACCAAAACAUCAACAACACCAGCAUCACCAACCCUGCUUUGGCGAGCCAGGUGGCGUUAUACAAAGAUGUGCUACGACGCGCUGGAGUCAAGCCAGCAGAUGUCUCCUAUGUCGAGGCUCACGGAACGGGCACGCGCGCCGGCGAUCCUGUCGAAAUCCAGGGUAUUCGGGAGAUAUUCGGUGGGAAGGAUAGACCAUCAAUCUUGAAUAUUGGUGCGGUCAAGGCCAACGUGAGCCACGCUGAAGGAGCUUCGGGAGUGGUAUCUUUGAUCAAGCUACAUGCAUUGAACCCAAAUAUUCCAGCCCUUGAGCCUGAUCGAAUGGCUAUCCCGACGUCUCCGAGCGAAUGGCGCGAUAAUAAGCGCCUCGCCGUGGUCAAUAAUUACGGCGCUUCGGGCAAUAAUGCUAGCGCUGUUGUUGCGCCGCCGCCUCGUCAGCCAUCUUCGGCAUCGCCAACGAUCCCAUCUGCCUCUACCUGGCCUGUUUUCAUUUCCGCUGCUUCACGUGCCAGCCUAUUGGCGUAUUGCAAUACAUUGAGUCGCAAGAUUAUCGAAGAAUUACCUGCUCCUGAGUUGUUCCCUCACCUGUCUUUUGCUUUGGCGACGAGGCAGAACCGUCAGCUCCGACAUCUCUUCUGUACAUUAGCGACUUCAUUGAGCGAUAUACAAUCCCAGCUUUCCGACCCGGACAAGCAUAUUGUUCCCUCAGCACAACCAAAGCCUGUCGUGCUCCUCUUCAGUGGACAGAACGGUGAUACCGUGCCUUCAGUCGGACCACUAUAUGAGAGCAGUCUGUUAUUCAGAACACAUCUGCACCGAUGCGAGGAUGUGAUGCAGUCGCUUGGGCUCCCCAGUCUUUUCCCGGUUAUCCUUCAAGGAAUCCAAGGUGAAGCUGAUCUCAUCCUCCGGCACAUUAGCAUGUUCGCGAUUCAGUACUCGUGUGGAAUGUCAUGGAUUGACUCUGAAGUAAAGCCAAAGGCUCUUUGCGGUCACUCCUUCGGCCGUGCAGCUAUUAUCCAGGAGCUCUGGGGCGAUGACACCGGCUCCAUGGUAGCAAUCGAAGCUGAUCUCGUCAGUUCUAACACAACCCCAGAAAAACACUUAGAGCCGUUCUACACGAUCCACCCAGACAUUAAGCUGGACAUAGCGUGUUACAAUGGGCCCAACAAUUAUGUUGUUGCUGGUCCCACUAAAUACAUCGACCACCUCGAAUCAUAUCUAGUCGAGAAGAAAGCCAGCGGCGAAAAGAUCCGAUUCAAGGUCUUGAGAGGCAUGUAUGCGUACCAUUCCAGCAUGGCAGACACGAUCGUCGAUGAGUGCGCUAAGCUAUCGGCUUCAAUUGAGUUCCAGGAGCCAAAAUAUCCCUUUGAAUCCUGCCACAAAACCGCUUCGCCGAGUCCUAGACCUAACGUAGUCGCCCGCAACACCCGUCAGCCUGUAUAUUUUGGCCAAGCGAUGACACGCAUAGUCGACCGUCUGGGUGCGUGUACAUUCCUGGAAGCCGGCGUAAAUGGCCCCAUAGUCGCAAUGGCUCGGAGCGCGUUGCCACAGGCCCCGGCCCAAGGACAUCACACCUUCCUGGGCAUCAAUGGGAGGGAUCUUGUGCGAUCACUUGCCGAUGCCACGGUCACGUUGUGGAAGACCGGGCAGUCAAACGUGCAGUAUUGGCUUUUCCACCGUUGUCAGCGGACAAGCUAUCGGCCUGUGGCCCUGCCAGCCUAUCAUUUUGAAAAGCACAGGCACUGGCUGGAGUACAAAGGUCUGUCUGGUGGUAGAGAUAACAAGACUGGAGGGAAUAUGCCAGAACAUCCCGCUGUUUGUCCUCAUUGUCAGAAAGAUACAGCGGAUCGUCCGUUCAUAAGGCAAGACAAGCCUCACACCGAGAAGCCGGGCGAGUCGGUUUUCACUAUCGACAUGCACAGUAGGCGCUAUCAAGACCUCGUCAAGGGCCACGUCGUGGUCGGGACCGCGAUAUGUCCAGCCUCGGUGUAUUUGGAACUGGCUGCACAUGCUGUUUCCAUAUUAUCGAAUAAUAAGAUAACGUCCAGCAUAGUGGUAGACGACAUACACUUUAAGGCGCCCUUGAGUUUGGAUACGCAGCGCUCCGUGAAGCUGACACUGACAAACAAGCGACAGUACACGUGGGGCUUCGGAUUCACCUCCGUCAAGAAUGAGAGGUCAAUCCUGCACGCUAUUGGAAGCAUCUCACUCAGAGAUAACAGCAGUAGAAAGGCUGAUGAAGAAAAAGAAAAGAAAGACAAGUGGACCCGCAUGAUAAACCUACUCGAUAAUGAUCCCGACACAGACGCUUUGCGCGGUGCAAUGGUAUAUAAAGUAUUCGGUAAUAUGGUGAAGCAUGCAGCUGCAUACCGCGGCUUGCGGCAUUUGGUUGGAAAAGGCACCGAGGGCGCAGCGGACAUCUCCAUACCGGUGAACGAACUCAAUACCGUGGCCAGAACACCCAACAACAACGUUGUUGAUGCUCUCGUGAUGAACAACUUCCUCGAAGUCCCGGGUGCAUAUAUAAAUUGCUUACACGUCUUUGCUGACGAGGACGACAGCAAGGCUUAUAUUUGUACGAGCUUGGGGUCUGUUGGCCCACUAAAUAAACUCCCUGAAGGCAGAUAUUACAGGGUAUAUGCGCAGAUUGUCCGGCAAAGCUCCAACGAGGCUAUAUUGGAUGUAUUGGCCUUUGAUGCACAGACGAUGGAAUUAGUCUUGUCUGCCAAAGACAUCAAAUUCUCAGGGAUCUCCACCAGCACGUUGACCAAGUUACUGGCCGGCGCGGAUCCCAGCUCAACGGUCAACGGUCACACUGACCCAUCACAAGUUGCUGAAACACCUGGGUCCAAGCAGCCAACAAAAUCAAACCCUGGGACAUUAAGCCAGACCCUUGAUGUUCCUGUCGCAGAAGUUAGCAAGGGUGCCUCGCUCGAGGAGCUUGGUGUCGACUCGCUAAUUAGCUCAGAGAUAUUGGCCAGUAUCCAUGAUGCUCUUCAAGUCGAUAUCUCCGUCGAGGAUUUUGCUGCAGCUACAGACGUUGCCUCGCUAUGUGAGUUGAUCUCUGCCCGGGUAGGCAGCGACGCGACCAAUACGGGAGGCCAGGACGAUCAAGUUCUUCUGGAGCCAGAACAUGUCUCAGAGACUGCUAAAGAUGAGAACCUUGACUGGCAAAAGGCCGCUAUCGAGAUACUUGGUCGGUCUCUCGAUGUACCUGUGGCAGAUAUUCAGAUGGGCUCCCAGCUUGAGGAGCUCGGCGCCGAUUCGCUUAUCGCUGCGGAGAUAGCCAGCAACAUCAAUGAGGCACUGGAUUUGACUAUCUUGUCGCCCGACUUUGCUUCUUUGACAGAUGUGAAGUCCUUCUGUGAUCUUAUCGCACAUGUUUCGGGACGCGUGCCAACGCAGGCCGCUACUGUAUCUGCAUCAGAAAAUACCAAUUUUGCGAUGAAUAACGGGGUAACUCGCAACGGCCAUUCAACCACUGCAUUUGAGGACAAUAGCCAGAUACCAACGAAGGAUAAUACAGAGCUGACCCAUGCAGUCUUCCAGAAAGUUCGCCGCCGCUUUGAUUCUCAUGCAAAAGAGGUCAAACUGGCAGGCUUCUGGGACAAUGUAUAUCCACGGCAACUAACCAUUGUGACAGCCUACAUCAUCGAAGCCUUUGAGAAACUGGGGUGCCCUUUCAAGAAGUUCAGUCAUGGAGAAAAGCUCCCUUCAUUACAGGAAACGUUGCCGAGGUACCAAAGAGAGGUAUCGCGGCUAUGGGAGAUAUUGGAAGAAGCUGGCCUUGUCGAGAAGCACUGUGGUACUUCUAUACGGGGUCCCGUGCCUCACGUACAAGAUAAAUCAGCCAAGGAGCUGAGCACUGAUCUCUUUUCGAACUAUCCUCAGUACACAUCAACACAUGAUCUACUGGACCUGCUCGGACCGCAACUAGCUGAGUGCCUCACCGGGAAAGCUGACGCCGCAUCUAUCCUAUGCGUUAAUGAUAAGGGCAAGGAGCUUCUUGAGAGCUUCUAUGCCAACGACCCUGGUCUCCUUGCGGCCAAUCGGGUGCUCAGCGACUUUUUCUCCACAACCAUGAAGGCUAGAGCAUCCGGCGAACCCUUCCGUGUGCUCGAAAUUGGCGCUGGGCUUGGCAGCGCCGCCAGGCAUCUCCUCCCACAGCUUCAAGCCAGCGGCGUGCCUUUUACGUACACAUUGUCUGAUUCUUCUGUGGCAUUGCUGGAGCGUUCCAAAACGACAUUACAGGACAUCGAAGGAUUGGAGUUCCGCCAGUAUAACAUCGAGGAAGACCCCCAUGUGGACCUGCUGGGACGCUACCACGUCGUGAUAUCUAACAGCUAUGCUCAUGCGACGCGCGACCUGCAGAACAGCCUAGUUAAUAUCCGAAAGUUGGUGCGGCCCAACGAUGGAUGCGUGGCGCUGAUAGAGGCAACGCAAAAGCUGGCCUGGUACGACCUCGUCUGGGGCUUGCUGGAUGGGUGGUGGCUUUUUGAUGAUAACCGCACACACGCAUUGCAAAGCCCCUGGGCAUGGAGAAGUGCCCUGCAUAAUGCCGGGUUCAAACACGUUGACUGGUCCGAAAGCUCUAGUCGUGAGUCCCGUACUUUUCGGGUGAUCUGCGGGAUGACAGCUGAACCGGAGAGGAAAUGCCCGGCCGAGGCAACCUCCAUGCUUUUGCACCGAGGGACUUCUGCGUCUGGAAAACGGAAUCUUUUCCUGGCCCCAGACGGUUUUGGUUCUGGAGCCGUGUUCGGCGGUUUGGGGCCAUUGCUCGGUAGCGUUAGGAACGUUUCUGUCUACGCCCUCAAUAGUCCCUUCAUGCAUAGUAAGCCUGAUCCGGAUCAGCCGCUAGCCAUUGAGGAGCUCGCCGCAAUCUACGCAAGCGAAAUCAAGCGCCGACAGCCUGAGGGCCCAUACCUGUUGGGCGGGUAUUCUGUCGGUGGCGUGUUGGCCUUCGAGGUGGCACGACAACUUCUCGAAGACGGCAACCACGUCGAGAAAUUGUUUCUGAUCGACACUGCAUGUCCGACAUUCGUCCGUUACUUCCCAGACGCUCUGGUCAAGUUUCUAGAUUCCAUCGAGCAAGUGCGCGUGGGGAAUGGCAGUGAGUUCCGACCAAACCGCCGAGGCCGAUUGGUGGCGAAUGAUCACUUCUUCUUGGCCCGGCAGCAGAUGCGAGCAUAUCAGGUGCGCAGGCUACCUGGACGAAAGAUGCCGCAGGUGGUACUGAUCUCCGCGAAAGAGGGUGCGGACAAGCAGGAAGGAGUGACUCGCCCGGCGUUCCUACCGGAAGACCAGAAGGCCGUGGACUGGUUUCUGAAUGAUCGUACCGACGAGGGAUGUUUUGGCUGGAACGAAGUUCUGGACAAUAUAAAGGUGGUACGGGCCGACGGUAACCAUUUCACCAUGAUGUUGCCCUCGAUAAUCAGUGGAUGGGGCGCGGAUCUCGCUAGGAUGUUGGACGAAUAAG